GGGUACGACGUAGAGCGAGCAGAGGGGGCCGGGGACAGCGGCUAGGCGAAGCCAACCAAGGUGGGCGGCGGCGGCGGCAGCGGAGAACCCAGCGCUUCCAUUGCAGCGCCCCAGCGGAGUCCCUCUGCCAGGCGAGCGGCGAGCGCUGUCCCCAGGAGAGUUCGCGUCGAAGCCGCUGCUGCCGUCGUCGUCGUUGCUCCGCUCGUCACCAUGGAGGUCGAAAUGCCACAGGAUAUGAACCUGAUUGACAUUCUCUGGAGACAAGAUAUUGAUCUUGGCGCAAGCCGUGAAGUUUUUGAUUUUUGCCAAAGAAAGAAGGACUACGAGCUUGAGAAACAGAAAAAGCUUGAAAGAGAGAAGCAAGAGCAACUUCAGAAAGAACAAGAAAAGGCCUUCCUAGCUCAGUUGCAACUGGAUGAGGAAACAGGUGAAUUUGUUCCUAUCCAGCCUGCUCAAGGAAUUGAAUCAGGAAACACUGGCAUCUCCAAUAAUUAUUCACAGAGCGCACAUAUUCACAAACAAGAUGCGGAUGACCUGUUUGAGGACUGUAUGCAGAUUUUGGCAGAAACUUUCUCGUUUGUAGAGGACACCAAGGCUUCCUCCGCUGAACUUCAGCAAGUAGCACCUUCGGAAAGCAACCAGGUCUUUGUUGAUUCUAAUCAGAUGCAGCCUCUCGCCUCCUCGUGUGUCCUUCAGCCUACCAUUCCAGAGUUAAUAGCUGCUGAUAUUGAGAGCACACAAGACAUAGAACAAGUGUGGGAAGAACUGUUGUCUAUUCCAGAGCUACAGUGUCUUAACAUUCAAAAUGACAACUUGGCUGAAGUGACACCAAACACAUGCUCAGCAAACACAGCAUCAGAACCAAUUAAUUUUACCUUCUACAAUUCUUUAACCACAAUGGAGAAAGAAGUCGCUAACUGCAGUCCAGAGUUCCUGAACCCUUUGGAGGCUUCCAGUAUUUUAUUGCCAGAAGAUCCUACCCAAAAUAACACAUCGCCCACAAGCACUGAUUUUUGUGAGGAAUUCUACUCUGCCUUUAUUGAUGUGAAGAUGAACAGCAAUGUAUGUACUCCACCACCGAAUUUUAUGGAUCAGGCACUUGGUGGCUUUUUAAAUGACCCGAUUGAUCUUUCAGAGUUUGCUCAGUGCAAAGCCUUUAACUGUGACCUUGCAGGAAAUGCCCCAGGAUGCAAUGAUUCUGACUCUGGCAUUUCACUGAACCCAAGUCCUAGUACAUCUCCAGCUCAUUCUGUUGAGUCAUCAUCUAUCUAUAGGGAUACAAGCGUUGGAUACAGUGAUUCUGAAAUGGAAGAAAUAGAUAGUGCCCCUGGAAGUGUGCAACAGAGCAAUGGUCAAAUGCAUUCAUUUCAGUUGCAUGAUCCACUCUCUCCAGCCCUAGGUCAAAGUACCCCAACAUCUGCUCCACAGCUAGCAAGUACACCCAAGAAAGAACUGCCUGCUAACCCGGGCCAUACCGAAGCUCCGUUUAUGAAAGACAAAUCCUACAGCCAACUUGACUCUCAUCACACCAGAGAUGAGCUUAGAGCAAAAGCUCUGUGUAUCCCUUUCCCUGUCGAAAAGAUAAUUAACCUCCCUGUGGACGACUUCAAUGAAAUGAUGUCUAAGGAGCAGUUCAGUGAGGCCCAGCUUGCUCUUAUUCGUGACAUACGAAGACGAGGCAAGAACAAAGUGGCUGCUCAAAACUGUCGUAAACGGAAACUGGAAAACAUAACGGAGUUGGAGCAUGACUUGGGCUAUCUUAAAGACGAGAGAGAGAAGCUCCUUAAAGAGAAAGAAGAGAAUGACAAAAGCCUGCGUCUGCUGAAAAAGCAGUUGAGCACCCUCUACCUUGAGGUCUUCAGCAUGCUCCGGGAUGAAGAAGGCAAGCCUUAUUCAUUCAAUGAUUACUCACUGCAGCAAACAAGAGAUGGCGGCAUCUUUCUUGUUCCCAAGAGCAAGAAGCCAGGAACUAAGUUCUGAAGAUAAAGGGAGACAAAUGUUUUCGGAACUAAUAUUUUUACUUUGGUAUUUUUUUUUACUAGUAGGGCUUCCUGUGAAGCAGAAUUUGUUCAAUUUCUAAGUGACUUCACAAAACUUUCUCUCUUGAAUUAUGUAAGAAUGCACUUAAAAUCAUUAGUGUUAAAGUAAAUGUAUGCACAGUGGGUAAUACUUCUAUGAGACACUAGUUCCUUUUUAUGUAGCAGCAACUUCACUAUAGUUUCUGUCCUAGUGUAAAUAUUUCAAGAGUUCUUAUUUAUAUUCUGUUCCUAUAGUUUGUUUUACUCAAAUGUGUAUCAAGCUUGAUUUAAGAGUGGUAAUCCUAUUUACUUACAAGACCAAUCUUUCUUUUUCAGGUACAUUUUAUAAAUAGAAUGUUUGCAGUUUCUUACAAUUUUUUUAUAUGCUCUACUUUAUUGUAAGAGCUUGAAUGAAUGUAGUGUAAACACACAUAAUAAAGUAUCAUCGUUAUGGUGCAAUCCAGUCAAAGUCAAGCACUUUGAAGGCUUGUAACUUUAAACACAUGCUUAAUCCUUUCAUUGAAAUAAGUGUGGCUUCAAAGUAUUUAAACUCUGGCUGGAUUGUGUUGAAGGUAAAACUUUGUUUUGCAUACAGAUGUAUGCUCUACAUAAUGCUAAUCUUUAGAUUUUGUACUUUUAAAAUAAAGUAUGUAUACUCUUUUA